CAUGCACACUCUCAAAGCAUGCAACUCUUAGGCGGAAGUGUUCUUUUUUUUAUUAUUAUUUUUGGAAAUACAUGUAUUUAAGGAAGUACUGAGCACACGAAUGGAUUAAUAAGAUUUAGUUUUCACUGCAUGAGUAGUGUGAGAGUUUGUAAAAGAUAUUUUUAUACAGUUUAGUUGUUAAUCGUGAUCUCCAAUGACCUCAAUUCAUGAAAAAGUUUUGCCUUUUUAGGAUUCUCAGUUCACCACAGAGGUAUUUCCUCCACAAAUGCAACAUAACAUGGCGAAAUUUACAUUUAAUCCUAAAGAGGGAAUAGACAACCCAGUGAUGGCGAUCACAGACGAUGCAGACUCAGUGUCGACACCCAGCCCACGUCUGUGUGCCCUUAAACGCGAGGAAGGGGAGUCCUAUGGCUUCCAUCUGCGGGUGGAGAGGGGGUGCCAGGGUCACAUAAUCAGAAAUGUGGUGUCAGGAGGGGUGGGGGCGUGCAGUGGCCUUCAAGAUGGAGACAGGCUUCUGGAAGUCAACAACUGCUAUGUUGAUGACAUCCCUCACCCUGAGGUGGCUAGGAUGAUAAAGCUAAGUGGAAACCAGUUGUGUUUACUGGUGUUGGAUGGUGAGAAGUAUGAGCAGGCCGUGUCCCGAGGUCAAGACCUCCGAAGUUUAGUCAGCGCACACAAGGUAGAAGACUGCAAACCACCCAGACUCUGUCACAUCACCAAGAAUCCGACCUCGGGUCUGGGCAUCAACUUCACACCCUUGGAAGGAGGGAAAGGUCGCUUCUCAGUGAGCGUGGUUCCAGGAGGUGCGGCUGAAAAGGCCGGGGUGUGUAAGGGAGAUCACCUGGUGUGGAUGGACGGAGCAUCAGUGUCCAAUCUCACACACUCUGCACUCAGCAGGAUGAUGAAGAAAUGUGGCAAUCACAUCACCAUCCUCGUGAUUGACAGUGAGAGUGAGAAGAGCUACAUGCGACAGAAAAAGCCCAUUCUGCCUGCCAUGGCUGUCCCACAUAACCUGCCCCACAGAACCAGAAAACUCCACCUGGUGGCAGGACCUGACGGCUACGGCUUCCUUCUGCGGCUGGAGAAGUUGCCAUCAGGACGCACAUUUCAUGUUCUGCGUGAGAUGGACAGCGGCAGUCCAGCAGAGAAGGCGGGUAUGAAGGACGGAGAGCUGCUGCUGGAGGUCAACGGGGAGUCAGUGGAGUCACUGACGCAUGAGGAGAUUGUGGACAGAGUGAGACAGAGUGGACAACAGAUGUCCCUCACCACUAUCACUCUGCAGGGGCUGGAGUUUUACACCCAGUUGGGUCUCUCCCCUCUUCUCUUCUGUGAAGAUGCUGCUGAGAGAGAAAAGGAGAGCAGCACGUUAACAUCUGCAGCAAGGUGCUCAACACUAAAAGAACCUGAUGGCUCGUGCAAGCCCAGACACUGCUCUCUCCAAAAAGGCCCUUUGGGGUUUGGCUUUAACCUGGGCUGCGUCCCAAAGUAUCCUGGGACCUUCAUCAGCCAGGUGGCUUUUGGGGGCUCUGGUCAGAGUGCAGGAUUACUUGUGGGUGAUGUGGUGAUGGAAGUCAAUGGACAAAAUGUGGAGGAGAAGUAUCUGGAGGAUGUGAUUAUGCUUGUGAAGGAGGGAGGACAUUUUCUUUCUUUGGUAGUCAUGGAUAAGACUGGCUACAACAAGAUGAAGCAGUGUGACACACCUACUAAUGAUAUCACUAACAAUGAGCAGGAGGAAGAUAACUAUGAGAUAUCAUCUUUGUGAGUGACAAAGAUGCCCUCAUAAUUCUGAAGAUUGUACCCCAUCCGAUGUGUCCAAACUGAGCUGAACAAGAAAAUACUUACCUGUUAUCAUCAUUUUAUUGGACAAUAUUGCCUUAAUUUAAUCCCAGGGUUUCACAAAUGAAUCCAAAACAUGAAACAGGUAAAUAAGCUUAUAAUGAAGUUAAGUUAUGCAAAACACAAACAAAUGUGGUGAUGUGUAUUUGAGUAUGAUAUAAAAAUGUCCUUCAGUACUGUAUUAUUUACAUCCAAUGAUGGACGUUUAGCCAACAAUCGACACAACAUGGUCUCAAUCAGCUAAAAUACAGAAAAAAUACUCCACUUCUUAAAGGACUACUAUUAUAUUAUAUUAUUAUAAAUGAAACCACGUUUGAAAACACAUUUUAGAAUCUAGAAAGUUACCAUUUAAAAGAAAAUUAUCAGCAAUAAUGUGAAGUACUGGUGAUGAAUGGGGAAAAAAACUGGUAUUAUCAUAUUUUAUUUAAAAGUGUUAAUUGUAUCGUUGUAGGAGAGUGCAGAGGGUUAUGUGUAUGUGUUUUAUGUGUGCAUGUUUAUUGAGAAUUUUCCUGACAAAGAAUCUAAUGGCACAGAAAAAAAUCUUUGUUAUGUGUGCAAUGUUUUCUUUUACUUGUAAAACGUAUGUUUCUGGAUUUUCACCAAACAAUAACAUGUUGAACUCCAAAAAUGACAUUGGCUUACACAAACAGAUAAAAGGCCCAUAUGGAAAUGACUGAAAGCAUGUAAAGAUGUUGUGACUGUCGAUUAAAUUCAAACAUUCUAACAAACACGUGCAAAGGUGAAAAUUGUUGAGUGAAUGUCCAAAAACAUAAAGUAUCUUUGGUUGGUGUUAUUGCAGAAUGAUGAUGCAGACAGAAAUAGAUUACCUUGAUG